CGCAUCUGUUUCCUCACCGCGUGUGUCCACUACUGGACAUCCCGAGGCACUUUAUCACCUAAUAUGUAGAUUUUUCCCCAUAACUUAACAAAUUUCUCUUUUAAUUACUCUCGCGCUUUAUGUAAUUACGUGUCUCCGUGUUACUCGAUAAUUUAUUUAUUAAAUUCCCUCUAAUGUUUAGACAUUCAGUUUUAAAAGCAAUCCGCGUGCUUCUCAACGUACUUAGUCUAUCGUUUUGUUUAUCCGCCUCGAGUAUUUAUUUAUUGUCCAUAAAAAUAUUAAACAUGAUAUUUGUCUGUGUCACCGCGGGUCUCCUCUAUCUCGCCUCCAAAUAUCGCGACAAUGUACUCCGUAGUGUCAAAAAUAUAUGUCACAGCAUAACUAGUCCACACGAUGAUGAAGACACAAAGAAUAAUAAAAAAUGCGUUCUUCCACUCAGCAAAAUUAUACUGGCAGAUUCACCAGAAAAAUGUGACUAUGCUGUUCAACGUAUUCGAAGGAAUUUGUGCCAUGGUGUUCUCGGCUUCGAUUGCGAAUGGGUAAACGAAGGCCGGGUUUCAUUACUACAACUUGCCACUUAUAAUGGAGUCUGUGCUUUAUUCAGACUUGGGAAAAUUGGAUAUGUUCCACCCAAGCUGAAGGAAUUAUUGUCAAACGACUGCAUCUUAAAAGUCGGUGUGGCCCCGUUCGAGGACGGAAGGAAGCUGACAAACGACUACGGAUGUCGAGUAUUUGGAACUGUUGAUCUUCGAACACUAGCCGAUGGCCUGGGAAUUCCCAGUAGAAAAAGCCUGGCUGCAAUGUGCAUGCAGUACCUGGGGGUUGAACUCGAGAAGAUAAUCGAGGUGAGAUGCGGCGAUUGGGACGCUGAAACCCUAACCGAUGAGCAGAUGUUCUACGCUGCUUACGAUGCUGUUGCAUCUGUACUGAUUUAUCGAGAGAUGCAAAGAACAGUGAAACGCAAGCGUUCGCCGCUCCGCAACCUCCUGCUCUACCUGAAGAGUCUGUACCACCGUCGCUACCACCAAGCGCCGCCCUACAACCACGAAGUCCCCCCAGACCUAGUGGACAUAAAGUACCGAGGCACCCCAGAGCCCUCAGCCCCCGAGGCAAACAACAACAACAAUCUCACAAAGAACAAGAACUCCCCUCCCCCAAAUCCCCAGAAGAUCAGCAGUAUACCAACGCGAAAGGAGCCCCUCUACCACAACUGUUACUUGCAAGCACCAGACGGUGAGACCCUCUGCACAUGUGAUCGUAAAAAGGCCGAGUGGUACGUGACCAAGGGCCUGGGGGUGACAGUGAACGAGUCACCUCUCACAGUGAGACUGAACUUCGAGCCCUCAGGGAGAGCUCUGGGUCAAGUGGGCCAGUACUACACGCAGGUCAAGGUCAACCAGUGCGUGGUGUGUGGUGGCCAGGACAAGUUCAUUAAGAAGAAUGUUGUCCCAAGGGAGUACCGCAAGUACUUUCCCCUCGUGAUGAAGGCCCACCAGUCGCACGACGUGUUGCUCCUGUGUCCCACGUGCCACGAGAUCAGUAAUCGACACGAUUUAGACUUAAGAAGACACCUGGCGUCAGUCUGCAAUGCUCCAUUGUCAAGAUCAUUGCCUCCAUCGAGGGCAGAUGCGAGCCAUCACAAGAGGAGACUGAUGUCUGCUGUGAAGGCACUGAGGGACCCCUCGGCACCCCUGCCGCCUCAUCGCAGGCAAGAACUCGAGGCUCGUGUUCUUGAAUACACGUCACCGAAUUAUUCCAUCCUCCAGUGUGAUCCAGAGGCCAGCGUUCAUGUCAGUGAUGGGAUGGAGUUCACUGGGCCAGUGUCGUCAUCGCCUUUACAAGCGAGAGUGACGCCACACGGUCUCAAAGUCGUCGAGUACUUCACUAAUUCCCAGAAUGGUCUUGUCGCACUGGAGAGAAUGUGGAGGGAACACUUUCUCACCACUAUGAGGCCCAAGUUUUUACCAAAAUUGUGGUCUGUACGUCAUAAUCAGGAACGUCUGGAGAUUAGGCAGACGCAGAAUAGAAUUGAGCCACAGGACGCCAAGGUCGCAGGUCUCGCUAGGUGAAUUGUGCGUUUAAUUUAGUGAUAUUUAUAAUUUUGGGAGGAACAGAAUUUUUUGAGGAUCUAUUAGAGUGAAUUGUAGGUUGGUAAUUUCGCAGGGACUCGUUUACCAACGAGUACUCUUGCUCUUUCAAUUUCCAUUUGAAAUGUAAUGUAAUUAGUGAGUAUUUAUGAUUAUUAGAUAUUAUGUAAAUUUAUAAAUCAAUGAAAUUAUAAACUUAUGUACAUAAUACUUUAAGAAUUAAAAAAAUGUAAAAGCGACUGAUAAACUUGAAAUGAAACAACUACUAUUACUUUUUCA